AUGGUGCUGUACUGUGGGAGCGCCUGGGGUCACGGCAGUGCCAGUGUUAGAUUCUUAUCAAACAUCAGGAUGCUCUCCUAUCACUCUGCCCUCUUGGCAGUGGCAGUGAUAUCAUUCACAGUGACCAGUGUAUCAACGAAGACCACUCAGCGACCAAAGUACCAAUAUACCAAGAAGCCCAUGCAUUACCGCAAGCUGCCCCAGAUUACCAUGCAGCCCCUAACCACCAUCAUCCCUAACACAAUGAAAUCAGUGGAGAAAUCAGAUCCCAUGGAUUCCUACCCCCUGGUUACCACAGAGACCACAACCUACCCCAGUGAUGCCUACCAGGAUUACUAUACUGAAACCACAGGGCCCCCUGUUGUUGGGCAUGAUAAUUACAUCCUGGAUUAUAACGAGUGCUACUUCAACUUUUGUGGAUUUGGCUUUAAAGGUGAAAAAGGUGACAGAGGGCCUCCUGGGGUCAAAGGUGUCCGGGGGGAGAAGGGUGAAAGCCAAAAUGGGACUAAGGGUGAGAGAGGGGAACCUGGAAUGGAAGGCCCAACCGGACCCCCAGGGCUGGCUGGGGCACAAGACUUGAAGGGGGACAAGGGGGACAAAGGGGAGUGUGGGACAUUUGGGGAGAGAGGACUGAAGGGCGAUAGAGGGGACCCUGGGCCUCCAGUUAUUCAGGACCAGGUGGGCCUUCCUGGGGUGAAUGGCAUGCAGGGCUCCCCUGGUGUGGCGGGCGACCAGGGGGAUCCAGGACCCCCAGGGGCUCAAGGUGAGCCAGGGGUGCGAGGGCUGCCUGGACGCCAGGGAGGGAGGGGGAUGUUUGGGCCAAAGGGUGACAGAGGCUCCCCCGGAAUGAGAGGGGACAGGGGCCCUCGGGGGAUCAGAGGGGCGAAGGGUAACAGGGUGAUUCAGAAACACUCAGCCUUCAGUGUGGGCCUCUCCCCCAGUAAGUCCUUCCCUCCAUCGGGCUACCCCGUCCGCUUUGACAAGGUCUUCUACAACGGAGAGAACCACUAUAACUCCUCCUCCAACAGCUUCACCUGUGCCCACGGGGGGGUCUACAUGUUCUCCUACCACAUCACUGUGCGGAACAAGCCCCUGCGCGCCACCCUGGUAGUCAAUGGGGUGAGGAAGGUUCGGACGCGGGACUCUCUGUAUGGGCAGGACAUCGACCAGGCAUCCAGCCUGGUGCUGCUGCAGCUGGCGGCGGGGGACCAGGUAUGGCUGGAGACACUGAGGGACUGGAAUGGAGUCUACGCCAGCAGUGAUGACGACAGCACUUUCUCUGGCUUCCUGCUCUACGCUGACAAGCCCUGACAAACGAUCUGAUAUCUAAUACAAUCAACUCUACUGUACCUCCACAAUACCUAAACAAUCUCUACUGGAACUCCUCCAUACUCCACCUCAUACUACCCAUACUUUACCCCACAGACCAGCCCCUCUGGGCUGCUGCUCUACACAGACAACGCAUGACAAUGGAGCCCACUAUGCCACCACAGUACCAGGGACUGUAAAACACCUCUAUAUGAUCUGAAUUGCAGCAUUCAUCCCAUAUCUCU